CGGCAAUGGCCACGGCGUCACCAGCCGACUCCAGUCCCUCGACUUAUUUAACAGUUUGUCCAGUAUGUUUCCAAAGGUUCAACAAGCCAAGGAUGUUGCCUUGUUCCCACACUUUUUGCCACAAUUGUCUGGACGGACUCAUCAAAUCGUCCUGCAGUAGUGCGACCUCCCUGGGAUUUACAUGCCCUCUGUGUCGAGAGUUCAUAGCAGCUCCAGGAGUAGUGGGCCAGUGGACUUCAGAUAAAUGGGCAUCACUUUUCCCGCUAAACCAAUUUAUUGAAUAUUUGAUUGAAAAAGAAUCAGAGGUGUCUGCUACUAAUUGUGAUGCAUGUGCUGAAGAUGGAGAAGACGUGAAAGCAAUUAACUGGUGCAAAGACUGCAAGCGUUCUUUCUGUGAAAACUGUACAAAAAUACACAAAAGGUUUCUCGCUUUAUACAACCAUAACACAGUGUCUCUCUGUGAGAUUUCAAGUGCCACUAAACUCACAGAAGUUGUUUCAAGGUUUUGCAAGACUCAUGAACAGAAUAAGCUGGAACUCUAUUGCAGGGAUCAUCAAGUACCGUCUUGUGCCUUAUGCGUUCCCACGUUACAUAGAACAUGUGAUCACAUAGGCACCAUACAAGAAGAAGUUAUUAAAUCUUAUAAAACUAAUCUACUUGCUAAGGGACUUGUCAAAGAAAUGCAGGCCUUUUGUGAUUCCGUCGAAAAACUUAUCGAGGAGGAGAAAAUGAAUAUUACAGGAAUUGAUGAAAAAACUGAUAUGUAUAUUGAUAUGGUCAAGAGUGCUUGUGAGAGGUUAGUGCAGCAGUUUAAAAAACUAGAGGAGAAGCAGUUGAAUGAAAUAGCCCAAAUCUCAAAAGAUAGCAAGGCUAAGCUAGAGACUUCCAUCUGGGAUCACGAAAAUCGGAGAGCAUAUGUUCAAAACUGUCUGAAGCUGAUGACUGAAACUUUAGAGAAUGGGGAUAAUGCCGAUCUCUUACUCCAGUAUUAUGUAAUGAAGGAGAAACUUAGAGAAAUAAGAAAAAUUAAGCUUCAAACUGUGAAGAUAGAUUUAACGGCGACACCCAUUGAUGAAACUGUCAAUUUAAAAGGGUUUUUAAACCUAAAAAUGGCUGAAAAAAGCAUCAACAUUCCAGAAACUAUUGAUGUGGGUCGAUCUAAAUUACAUGUUAUUAAUCACUUCACAGUGUUGAAUUCGGAUAUCAGAGGAGGCGCUUUUUUAUCCGAUGGUCGCUUACUCCUGAUUGAUUUUAACCACAGUCGCUGCUUAUUAUACAAGGAGAAAGGUGUAAUGGAAUUAGAGGCCAAGUUUUCAGGUGAAGUGUGGGACGCGUAUGUAAAUUCUGAUGUUCUUUAUAUCACAUUUUCUGACACCAAGGAGGUCAAAAUGGUGAAACUGGAAGAUUUAUCUGUAAUAAAGUCCUUCCAGGUGAACUGCUCGUGUAGAGGAAUAACAAAAGUGGGGGAUAAAAUAGUAUUGGCGGGAAGAACGUUAAUCGAGACCUGUAAUGGAGAUUUUGAACAUUUGGAUCAAGCUGAGGUAGACGCAGAUACUGAUGAUGUCGCUGCAGAUUCAGAUGGAAACAUAAUUUAUUCAACUUAUCAAACAAGUACAGUUAUCAAGAAAAGACACAUGACAAGUACCAUUUCUUAUACUUAUAAACACUCUUCAUUAUGUGCACCAUUUGGUUUGGCUGUCGAUCACAUGGGAAACGCCUAUGUGUGUGGAAAUGAGAGCAACAACAUUCAUAUUGUAUCGACAGAUGGAAAAACCUUGAAGAUUUUAGAUGCAUUCACUCAACCUCAGUGCGUAAAAAUUCAAACUAACAGUGUCAAGUUUUUUGUUGUGGAAGAAAAGUCAAAAGUGAAGAUUUGUGAAUUGAGGGAGGGUUAAGGAAAUUUUUUAUUUAAAGAAAUAACCUAAUAUUUGGAAUUUUCUGGCAUUAUGUAUAAAAUAAUGUGAUAUAUAUAAUCUGA